AUGUUAAGCUACGAGAAUCGACCGGCCAUGGGACAAAAUUCUUCAACUACCUCAACUGUACUGCCGCUAUCCACUUCUCCACCUUCAUCAAAAAAGACAACGAACGGCACGAGUGCGGAUAAAAGUCAAUCUGCCUCCAACCAUUCCCACAUUUGGCUGGUGACUGGCCCAGCAGGGUGCGGCAAGAGCACUGUGGCUCAGUACUUAGCAAAAGCCAUGAAGCUUCCUUUCAUUGAAGGAGACGAGUUCCACCCCCCUGCAAACGUCGAAAAGAUGUCCAAAGGCAUCCCCCUCACCGACGCCGACCGCUGGGACUGGCUUACGACGUUGCGCGAAGAGGCUCUCCGCCAACUGGUGGAUUCCGGGGCCCAAGGCGUAGUCCUCACCUGCUCGGCCCUGAAGCGCAAAUACCGCGACGUGAUCCGGGUUGCGCCGUACUAUUCGCACAACGUGCGUCUACACUUUGUAUAUCUACAUGCAAGACAGGAGGUCUUGAUCGAGAGGGUCGGCGCGAGAAAAGGUCACUUUAUGGGCGCGAACAUGGUGAAGAGUCAAUUCGGUAUUCUGGAGGCACCGACGCCGGAUGAGACGGACGUUAUCUCGGUGGAUGUGAGUGGGACUGAGGAGGAGGUGGAGAGAGAUGCGUUGGCUGCGAUCCGCCAGGCCGUCGAGGUCAAGUCAGCAGAAGACCUUGAGGACUGA